CUCUCGCUGCGCUUCUCACAAACUGAGGUGGGUGUUUUUACACUCUCUCCCUCCUCUCCCUUCACUCUUUGCUCUCAGGCUGCAAUGAGGUUAACAGCCCUGUGCGUAUGUGGGACCCUGCUGGCCUUCUCAAGUCUUUCUUGGAUCACAGCAGACUCUGAUGAAGGAAUACUCCUUGUGGAUAAAGGAUUUGGCCCCUGCACUGUAACACUGACGCCUGAGGGGCAGUGCAGACAGGUGCAGCAUGAGAACACGUGCCCUUACUUACUCACUUUGCCACUGCUGAGGAUUCACCUGCCACAGCAGCUCAAAGAGCUGGAGAAGAUCGUGGAGGACCUGCAGAAGCUGAAGGACAGUGUGGAUGAACUGCGGGAGAUCUGCGCAGACUGUACAGUAAGCCAAACUGAGAGAGAGUGUGGAAGGCACAGAGAGAAUGAGCGUGAGACGCUGAGUGAGGAGACGGAUAGACGUGAGGAUGACAGAAACUGGGUGAAUGAGAGACUUCAAGAGAAUGGUUUUAAACAAGAGUGCAGCACAGUCAGUGUUAUGGAAGGAGAUGGAGACUCGGAAAAAACAGGCACUCUGGAAGAGAAAGAAAGAAAGAAAUGGGAGACAGAAAGAGAGAGCAAUGGAGGACUCAUAAAAGAAAAUGAGGAAGGAGAAACUCUGACAGAGGUGCUGGAAACUGACGGAACAACUCAAUCAGACAGAGGGAAAGGAAAGGACAAAGUGGUUCCAACAAAGGUAACAACUGGUGGUGUAAAUGAGGGAACAGUAGGAGAAAAGGUUGCUGACAAAAACAAUAGGCAGGGGGAGAGAGACAGAAAUAAAGACACUGCCGGAGAAGAGAAUUCAAAGGGAUAUCAAGAGAAUAAUCUGGAGCAUGGAAAAGAAAGAAAGACUUUCACUAAUAUAGAUAAAACUGAAGAAAGUGAUCAUCACGUGUGGCAAGAUAAAACAGAGGAAACAGAGACCCAAACUGCAGCCAGUGAUAGGAUAAAGAUGUCAGAGAACCAUGAUGAGAAUACAAAUCAGGAGCAAGAGCAGAGCAGGGAGGAGAAGAAAAAGGAAAUGGAAAAGAGAGUAAAAGUAGAGCAAAAUAAUGAGGAACGAAAACAGACCGAAAGCAUCAGGCACACUGAAAAAGAAAAGACUAUAAAAGAGGGGGGCGAGGGCAGAGAGACGGGAAAGGAGAUCAAAACAGAAGACGAAGAGACAGAGAGUGGAGAGGGAGACGAUAGAGAAUUACCAUCCAGCGAAGCAACUAAAAGGACAGACUUUGUUUCAAUCAGCCCAACUCCUCACUCUACAAUUAAUAUAGCUCUAGGGCUAGACUCUGUGGACUCGAAUGAAGCUACGUCAUCUAUUCCAUCUCCCCCAAUGCCCAGCUCCACCUUGCAUUAUAUCACAGAUGUCAGUCACGAGAUAACAACCCAAAACACAGGCCUUGUAGCAGCUGGGAUUUCUAAGCCUCCAAAAGCUGAUGCAAAUACUCACACAGAAACUACAAUGAGCACAGGGAGUGGACAACACAUAACCAAUCAAACUACUACAUCCAGGUCAGGCCUCCACAGUCACAUUAGUUCAACUAUGACAACUACAGUCACCACAGCUCAUCAUCAGGAUUCAACUGUAGGAGCUAUAGAUGACAGCCGCUGGACAGCUAAAAAGAACAUCAGCUCAAAUACUAAGAUUGGAGCAAAACCUCUGCCAGGCCAAGGACCAAAGCCUGGCAAAAGACCAAAAUACAACCAAAAGAAGCAUCCUUUUCACCACAAACCCAGAAUCGACCAAAGACCUAAACCUCAACCUGGCAAAGACCCAAAAGGAGUCGAAACUUCAAAACCUAAGCAAAGAAUUCCCCCUCAUAUUUUACCCACUGAUCAAAAUUUGAAUAACGAUUCUAUACCUAAAUAUGGCCAAAAUUAUACAUCUGAUCAAAACAAGUUACCUACUCAAAAGUCAAAACCUAAUGAAAAGACUGUGACUCCUAUUUGGACACCUCCACCACAUCACAGACCUCAGAAUGCAAACACCGCCGGAUCUGAUGAAUAUCCUGAUCAAGUUACUGCUACUAAUCAAACCGAGAUUGAACCGAAAUCCGAGAAGGGAAUAGUCCAUAAUCCAAAAACUGAGAAGCCGGACCAAAAUCAAAAAAUAGAAAAAUGUGUCUUAUUUUAA